AUGACAACAUCCUCAACAAUCAAAACACAUUUUGGGGAGAUUACGCUGCAGGAAGAGAUUGUAUCUGGGGAUUUCGAUAUCAUCCCCAUCAUCGACCUAACAGCUUUGGAUAGCCCCGGAUCCUGCAGAAAAGAAGGCGCUUGCAGCCGAAAUUUACACGGCAUGUUACGCAACCAUGGAAUACCAGCUCAAGAUAUCGAAGCUGUUCAAGCUGCUGCUCGCCAGUUCUUUGGUUUGCCAGAGGAGGGCAAACUAGAAUGCUUUCUUGGAAAAUCCAAUGUAAGGACUUUGAGGGCCUUUAUCACCUUGUUCUUUUAUAUCUUUCUGAGUUCAGACAGCGCUUCCACGGCUACAGCCCGUUACAUAUACGGCGAACAGAAAAAUCUCUCCGAAUCUUUUGAUAUCGGGUACGAGAUUGCAGGUGAUCCGCAAAAGAGACCAGGCGAUAUCUUACCAGAAGACUCAUUCGAACUAUAUGGGGGCAACCUCUGGCCAUCUGAGACAGCCCUACCGGGUUUCAAGGAUACUUACCUUCAUCAUUUUCGUUCCUGUAUCCAGCUGAGUCGACGGUUACUGAAAGUGUUUGCGCUAGCAUUCGAUCUACCGGAGACCUUUUUCGACCCCUUACCACCCCAGGCGCCGGUUCCAGGAGAGGAAAAGGUGGGAAUUGAAGCCCAUACCGACUACGAAUGCUUCGCUAUACUUGCCCAAGAUAGCGUUCCAGCCUUGCAAGUGCUGAACUCACGCAACCAAUGGGUCACGGCAACGCCUAUUCCAGGAACUCUAGUUGUGAACAUUGGAGACUUCAUGUCACUUUGGACCGGUGGUAAAUUCAGAUCAACCGUGCACCGAGCAACAAACCUAACCGGAGAAAACCGGUACUCCAUCCCAUUCUUCUUUGGCGUCAACUACGAUGCCACAAUCCAAGCUUUACCCAGUUGUGAAGGUGGUGAGCUCGCGAAGAGAGGCCCAAUCAAAGCCGGACAGUACGUUCGCGAUAGAUUAUCCAAGUCUUACAUUGGAUUUGGAGAGAAGCCCAAGUCCGUUGGAUAA